AUGUGUGAUGUGAGGACCACUCGUUUAAUUGAAGCCGAUUCUGCCGCUGGAUUGUUGAGUGGACGGGCUGACGGUCAUUGUGUGAGCAAAUCACCAGCCAAUCUACUUCCCGUUUGGCAGCUGGAACUGCUUGCUCCUGCCACUGUGAUAGAUGAAGAAGAGCAGUUGGUCUUAGACUCUUGUCGCCAGCUGGUCGCAGUGUUCCAGCAGCUAUCUACUCACUUAUUUGGGCUUUCUGUGGGUGAGAGUAAUGAUGACGACUUCAACAAUCAAGACGAAAAGGAGAACACACAAGACAACGGACAAUCACGUAGUCUAGGCAGGACAACUCGUGUGAUUGACGUAGUCAUGAAUUCGGAUGACGUUGCCGAUUUUUUUGACAAUUCUCUCAUAAUUUCCCUGAUAGACGGACGAUUUGCUGCUGGCUUACCCUCCGCACGUAUAUGUAACAGUGCCGCGUUUCUCGUCCCGGUUACACAAGCAGUAUAUCGUCUUGCUGUGGAAGGUCAGUCUACCGGAUUCCUCACCGGGCAUUCCUUAGAAGGUCGACAAGUCGGUAAAUCAUUACCAGAUAUUGCUGCUGGCGGUGGAGCAAGUCUUCUAUUACAUUGGUUGAAUAGUUUGUCGGGUGUCACGCAACAGACUCGUUCGAAUGAAAUUAUUGACCAAGUCAGAAAAAUGCUGUCGGAUGUGGAACAAUUUAGGAAUACCCGUGUGGUGGGUGAUAAGUCGUGUUCAAAACCAGACACACAAACGGAACAACUACAGGGUGAUUCUGAAGAUAUUUCAAAUCUAGAUGAAGAGGAAUUUCAAGUUUAUCGGAGGCAAGCGGCGGUUAAGUCAGAUACGGGCAAUCAAAAGUAUUUCACUCCAUCUCUCACUGAAUUGUUGGAAUCAAAAGCAGCGCGUGAGAACCUUGUUCGUUUUCUGGAUUUGGGUCAUUUCCACUUUCCAAUGAGUCGAGUUUCCCAAACAGUCAUAUCGCUCCUCGAACAAAUUAACGCUGUGAGUGCUGAAACAGAGUCACUUCUGAAAGAAAAAGUGCACACAGCUUCACAGGUGUCCGCCGGAGACACAGCUUCAGCAGCUGGAUUACAAUUGGUACAAACGAGUUCAUUAGCUUUGAUCGAGGCCCUGGUCGAAUUGGUCCCGCAUUUGAUCCUCCUUUACACCUCCCUUAUCCCAGUGUUUCACUCUUCGCUUUUGGAUUCUGACUUAUAUUUGGCUGCUAUAUAUCACAACAGUUGUCUGUUUCUCGCGCACGAAUGCUUGACAUUGGGCGAACUUCGUCUGUUCCCUCUGUUGAAACAGUUGACCGAAAUGGAGCGUCACAUACCGGAUAAGAACAAAGAACUGGAUCCAGAACAGGAAACCGAUUCGGAGGAAGACGAAUUGGCUUUGCUUAGACGCACUGUCUCUUGUAGCACGUUUGUGCUAGUUCCACAACUACGUGCCAGCGGUACUGAGAUACUGCUGACUCACUUACGUCGUCAUCGAGCGUCCUUGAGCGAUCACCUAAAACGAACGAAAGGUCUGAAGGAUGUCGGACUUCCAGAGAAUCGUCAGAGAUGCAAAGAGGCAAUGGAUGCGUGCCAAACUAUUUUAAUGUCGGUGGCUGAGGGAUUAAGUCCUCUACCGCUUACAACAUUCUCCCGUUGUAUAGGAUAUUUGUGCAAUUUCGUGUGUAACGAGGUUGUGAAAGACGUCCUCGCCCUAUUGGAUCUCACUCAAACAGAUUGCGAAGUGCUGGUGGAUAUGCUAACCGAAUUGGAGCACACGUCUGUUACUCCAGCUGACCCGAACACGAGUACCAUUGCUUUUGACAGUGCGUCCGACACACGGCUGGCCAGUGGUUCUGAAGUCACUCAUAUUUUCAGCGAUCCUCCGGAUUCGGAGUUGGUUCUGGAUGCAACACAGUCAGAAGCCUACACCAGUUCGCUCUCUCGUCGUGUACCGGAGUUAGUUCGCCUUCAAGGCAUCCUUUCGGUCAUGAAUGCAUCUACCAUGGCUGUCAUUGAACAGGUGCUCUGGGACGGUGGACGAGGUCCAUUGUCAACCAUUUCCCGUCUAGAGGCGUCGGAACUGCGUGGGCUGAUCUCGGCGCUCUAUAGCAAGUCCCCCGCUCGGGAUCAGCUGCUGCGCGAACUGCGAUAA